AUGGAGGUGAAGACGAAAGGCAUAAACCCUCUGUUUAAAGAGGUAAUUUCUACUCAUUCUAAAAAGCAAUACAGUACCUCAUCUCGUCACAUCACCCAUAAAUUUAAUGUCGUGCACUUCACUCAGUCCAUUUAUGUCCUCUGUAAAUCGGGAAACACAAUUAAGGUUUGGGACCUCUUCCGGUUGGCCCUAACUAAACGCCUUCAUCCCGAUGCCAUAUCCUUGACUCCGCUUUUGUGGGGUUUUGGAAAUGACGGCGAUCUCUGCAUAAUCAUCUGCUCUCCUGCAGAACUGAAAGAGAUGGAGGUACAUCCAAAUGUUAUCAUUUAUAACACACUCACAAAGGCUUUGUGUAAAUGUGAUAAGAUUGAGGAAGGGCAUGGCCUCUUGCACAAAAUGAUGUAUGCUCAUUGUUUUGGUGGUAUUGUUACAUACAAUCUGAUAGAUGGAAUCUGCAAGUUUGGUAUGAUAAAUGAAGCUUUUGUUUUAAUAGCUGAAGUAAUACAAGAUGACCUUUCCACAAGUACUGUUACAUACAGUACCCUAAUAGAUGGUCUCUGCAAGUUGGGUAAAGAAGGUGCUAUUCAAAGAUUAGUAGCCAAAUUCUACACUUACACUAGCCUGAUAGAUGGCUUUUUCAAGACCGGAAAAACAGACAAAGUCUACAAUUUGUUUGUACAAAUGAUGGAGUUUGGUCCUUUGCCCGAUGAAGUGACAUUUACUGCAGUUAUUGAUGGACUCUGCAAAGAUGGCAGGAUGGACAAAGCCUGGGAUUGUUUCCAUGAUAUGUUAAAAAAUGGUGUACAUGCAGUGGAAAAAGGCUCAAAAGUUGUUUAA